AUGAAUUCAAAGUUCGAAGUUUUGCGACAGUCUGCACUCGGAUAUUACGAAUGUGUGUUGGAUCUGCUCGAGGAAUUCGAUAUAAGUAAACAUUUUCUGGCGAAAUACGAUUCAGUUCAGAUAAGAAUGAAGAAAGAUGAAAAAAGUGAAUCAACUGAGAAAAACCAGCAGGUGCAAUUUGAGUUGAGAUGGGAAUGGGAAAAUAAAAAAGGAAGAAAAGUUAGUGAAUGGAAAAUUUUUCCAGAAAACGGACAACAAAUUUUUUCGAAAUUAUUCAAAAUCGGCCACUCAGUGGCAGCAUUUGGACUGGAUGGGCAGUUGUAUGAUUUGAAGUUUGAUGAUCUCCUAAUGAAGAACCAAAAAUCAAAAUUUGAAAAGUUGAUUAGAACUGCUGUCAUUAAUAAAGACAAAAAUAUAAAGUAUGAAAUCUAUACAACACCAAUAGAUCAAGCGUUCCUCUGGCAAUAUGAAACAGAGGGAAAGUGUUGCCAAUAUUUCAAACCCACCGACUGCCUAAUUUUGGAAUCUGCUUAUAACAGAAAGGGCAACACUGAUACUACUACUACUACUACUACUACUAAUAUUACUACUUCUACUACUACUGCUGCUGCUACUACUACUACUAAUAAUAAUUAUAAAAAUAAUGAUGAUGAUAGUAUUGAUCUUAAAGAUGAGGAUGAAGUGGUAAUAGUAAAGGUUAAAGGAAAUGAUUAUGAGGUCAGUUUGAAGAGCAUGCGGGCUGUUGAUAAGACGGAUAAGAACAUUUCUUAUCGGGUUCAGAGAAUUAGUAGUGAUGCCACUAAGCUGAAAAGUGAUGAAGGUUUCAUCAUUAAAACUGACGAUGAUAAGAUGAGCAAUGGAAAUCUCAAGACUGAUGAUGAUAAUGAUAGCGGGAACAAAGAAAAUGGUGAUGCUGAUGAUGAUGAUGUCAACGGCGGUGGUGAUGAUGAUGAUACAAAAACUAACAGACCUGCAAAAAAGUCAAAGAGGGUCAAGCCCUCCAAAACAGCAGCAGUGACCUCUGACCCAAUACCCUCGACCUCAACUGACACUAACAAUACGGUGGCCAACAACGACAACAAACGCAAGAAGGCCGGUUCAAAGGUCACGGCCAAAGCGACCAGUAUUAAAGAUGAGGUCAUUAAGGUCAAGGCUGAUGUCACAAAGGUCAAAGGUGGAGUCACCGAUGGUGGGGGUGGUGAAGAUAAAAAGGAGAGUAAGCAAAUGAAGACGAUAGUGAUAAAAGGUCGCGCCCCUGUUGACCCCGAGUGCAAAGAAAUGGUGACUCAGGCCCACGUGUAUGACGACGGCAAUGAUGUCUAUGACGUCAUGCUCAACCAGACGAACAUCAACAACAACAACAACAAGUUCUACAUCAUCCAAUUGCUCGAGAGCGACAACAGUAAGACCUACCACGUCUGGACGCGCUGGGGUCGUGUAGGGGCCAGAGGUCAAACCGCCCUCAUGCCCUUUGCAGAGAACUUUCACUCCGCCUAUUUGUGCUUUUGUAAAAAGUUUCAGGACAAAACGAAGAACCAAUGGACCGAGAGGGACUCCUUCGAGAAAGUUGCUGGCAAGUAUGACAUCGUACAUAUCGACUAUAAAACUAAAGAGCCGAAACCGAAGAUCAAAAAAGAAAUUGAAGCUGCUCCAAAGGUACCUGAAUCUAAGUUGCAUCCAAAACUACAGGACCUAAUUAGAUUGAUAUACGACAUUAAAGAGAUGGAAAGCACAGUUAUGGAGAUGCAAUAUGACGCUAAGAAGGCGCCUCUAGGCCAAUUGACAGAGAGGCAGAUCAGCAAUGGAUUCAGCACUCUGAAAGUGAUAGAGAGGCUGAUCAGUUGCAACUCUUUGGGUUCUUCUCUGGUUGAAGCCUGCAAUACCUUCUAUACGCAGAUACCCCACUGCUUUGGCAUGAGAAGGCCGCCACUCAUUAACACCACUGACCAUUUGCUGAGGGAGAUGAAAUUGCUUGAAGUCAGUUUAUGGUCAUGA